ACAGGUUUUAUUUUUUAUGUAUUAAAUCACCCGGAAAUUUUGAAUUACAAACAUGACCACCAGGGAUAUUCUGGAAGAACAGAUUAAAGCUCAAGGGGAUUUAAUUCGCAAGCUUAAAGCAGAUAAAGAAGACAAAGAAAGGUGUUGAUACCAAUGGGAAUGAUGGCUCUAAAAUUGAUAUUUCAAUUUGCUAGUCCUGUUCGUUUUAAUAAGCCAUGUUUUCCUUUAUUAAGAUUACGGAAUAUGUCUAAGCAGGUGAAGAUACAAGAAGAAGUAACGAAAUUACUUGAAUUGAAAGCUCAAAUUAGUGACUCUCAAAAUGUUCGCCAAAAAUUCACUGUUAAGACCCCAAAGGGAAGUAGAGACUUUAUUCCACAGCAGAUGGCAUUACGGACAUUCGUUCUUGAUAUAAUUGAAUCAAUUUUUGAAAAGAAUGGUGCAAAAACAAUUGACACUCCAUUAUUUGAAUUCAAGGAAGUAUUAACUGAAAAAUAUGGGGAAGACUCAAAACUGAUUUAUGAUUUAGAAGAGUAUGAUAAAGAAGUAUUGUCUCUUCGUUAUGAUUUAACUGUACCAUUUGCAAGAUAUUUGGGAAAAAACAAAAUCAAGAAAUUUAAACGUUACCAAAUUGCCCCAGUCUAUAGAAGAGACAAUCCUUCAAUUGCAAGAGGACGGUUUAGGGAAUUUUAUCAAUGUGAUUUUGAUGUAGCUGGUAAUUAUGAGCCCAUGAAACCAGACGCAGAAUGUAUUAAGAUUGUAUUCGAAAUACUGAAUGCAUUAGAUUUGAAACCAUUUGUAAUAAAAAUAAAUCACAGAUCUUUACUAGAUGGUAUGUUAGAAGUAUGUGGUGUUCCUGCAGAAAAAUUCAGAAGCAUUUGUUCUGCAGUAGAUAAGUUGGACAAGUCUCCUUGGUUGGAAGUUAAAAAAGAAAUGGUUGAGGAAAAGGGUUUGCCAGAAGAAGUUGCGGAUAAAAUUGGCGAAUAUGUUCGUUUAAAUGGAGGCGCACAACUUGUUGAUCAACUAUUACAAAAUCAGGAAUUGAUUAAGAGUAAAUCGGCUGUCAUAGGGCUAGAAGCUAUCAAAGUUCUGCUGAAGUAUUGUGAAGCACAAGGGACAAUAGGUGCUGUUUCUUUUGAUCUUAGUUUAGCGAGAGGACUCGACUAUUAUACAGGAGUUAUUUAUGAAGCAAUAUUGUCUGGAAAAGAUUCUGGAGAAAAUGAUGAAAUUUCAGUUGGAUCUGUAGCUGGAGGUGGGAGAUAUGAUAAUUUGGUUGGUAUGUUCAAUUCUGAAAAUGAAACGGUACCAUGUGUGGGUGUUUCAAUUGGAGUAGAGAGAAUUUUCACUGUACUUGAGGCAAAAUUAGCUGCAUCUAAUAAGAAAAGGAGAACAACCGAAGUAGGAGUGUAUGUGGCAACUGCACAGAAGAAUCUAUUCUCCGAAAAGAUAAAGUUGUGUACGAAAUUGAGUGAGGAAGGCUUCAAGCUUGGAUUUUCUUAUAAAAAGAAUCCGAAGUUACUAGCUCAGUUGCAACAUUGUGAGGAGUUUGAAAUUCCAUAUGUUGUUAUAUUAGGUGAAUCAGAGAUACAGCGUGGUGUAGUCAAGUUGAGAGAAGUAUCGACCCGUGAAGAAGUAGAGAUAUCUAGUGAUCUUCUUGCUGACGAAUUAAGAAAAAGAUUGCAGAAAUCUUACAUGACAGGGGAAGAAGAAACUAAAUUAAAGCAAUUAUACACCCAAAUUGAAGAAGAAUCCCACUUAGUCUCUAAAGAAUUCACAGAAGAUACUCCAAAAGGAACUAUUGAUUUUUCUCAACAGCAGAUGGAGCUGAGAAAAUACAUUCUAAAGACCAUUUCAUUAGCUUUCAAAAAGCACGGAGCUGAAACCAUAAAUACUCCAGUUUUUGAAUUGAAGGAAGUUCUAUCUGGGAAAUAUGGAGACGAUUCUAAAUUGAUCUAUGACCUGAAAGAUCAAGGAGGAGAAAAGUUAUCUCUUCGAUACGAUUUAACUAUUCCGUUUGCUAGAUAUUUAGCAAUGAAUAAAAAAAUGAGUAUGGUAUGUUGCCAGGUUGCCAAAGUUUAUAGAAGGGACGAUCCGUGCCUUGAAAAUGGAGUAUUCAGGGAAUUCUAUCACGGAGAUUUUGACAUUGCUGGUUCUUAUGAUCCGAUGAUACCUGAAGCUCACUGCAUCAGGAUUAUUUACGAAAUAUUGAAAUCCUUACAAGUAGGAGCCUUUUUCAUAAAAAUAAAUCAUACGGCGCUCCUGGAUGGAAUUUUAGAAUAUUGUGGAGUACCAACAGAUAAAUUCAGAACAAUCUAUUCUGCUCUGAGUAAACUUGACAAGUCAUCUUGGAUCAAAGUGAAAGAGGAAAUUGUUCGGGAAAAGAUUGUUACAGAAGAUGUAGCAAUAAAAUUUGGUCGAUACAUUUUAAAUAACGGAACUACUGAUCUGGUAGAUGCAUUGUCGCAAAAUCCAGAACUGAUGAAAAAUAAAGCAGCUGCGGCAGCAGUUGAAGAUGUCAAACUUCUUUUGGAGUAUUGCAGUUUAUUUGGUAUUACACAGGAAGUGGUAGUAGAUCUUGGUCUAACAAGAAACCUGGAUUUCUAUAAAGGAAUAAUUUACGAAGCAGUAUUACCUGAACAAGAUAUGUCAGUUGAUCCUAUUUUUGGAUCACUAGCAGGUGGUGGCAGAUACGAUAACUUGGUUGGUACAUUUGACGUUAAAAAUAAAAGUGUGCCCUGUGUUGGAUUUUCAGUCGGAGCUGAUCGAAUUUUCGCUUUACUCGAGCGUCAGUUUGCUGCCUUCCAUAAAAUGAGGGAAUUAGAUGUACAAGUUUAUGUACAAAAAAUUCAAAAUAAUCUAGACGAAGAAGUGAAUAAGCUAUGUAAAGAAUUAGAAGAUCACGGCAUAAAGGUAUCUCCAUUAGAAAAAUGUAACAAUUCCAGUAUUCCGUUUGGUGUUAUAUUGGAUGAAUCAGGAAUUCAGAAUGGUGUAGUUCAGUUGAAAGAUGACAUAAGGGGAACCAAGGCAAAUAUUUUAAGGAACAGUAUAUCGAUAGCACUGAAAAAUAGAUUACCAAAACCUAUUAUUAAUGGUUCAUCGUGAUAACUGAAUUGUUAUUUUAAUGCAUAAGUGUUUUUAUUUAUUUUGCUAAUACCAACACUGUUUCAAAAUAAAGCAAAAAAAUCAAUAAAAAUUUUUAAUUGAA